AUGGAGGAAGAUGAAAUCUCUCCAUCGCAGGAGAUCGAUUUCUGUACCCUGGGGAUGCUCAUAAUUGACGAAAUCCACUAUCUUCCACCAAACCCACCUGUAUUCGACAUCCUUGGUGGAUCAGGUACUUACUCAGCACUUGGAGCACGUCUUUUCUCACCGCCACCUCUCUCCCAGACCAUCUCCUGGAUCGUUGACAAAGGAUCGGACUUCCCAGGAAGCAUCACCACGCAAAUAGAAUCCUGGAAAACAUCGUGUCUGAUUCGUUCAGACCCAUCACGACUCACGACCCGGGGCUGGAAUGGGUAUGAUUCCAAUCAACACCGAGCUUUCAAAUACACAACCCCCAAACUCCGCCUCGACGAACACGCUCUCACCCCCUCGCUCCUAUUCUCGAAAUCCUUUCAUCUAAACUGCUCACCAACUCGCUGCAUCGACCUCGUAACCUCCAUCCUCCGCCGUCGCAAGAUCGUAAACCCCGGAUGUCCCAAACCACUCUUCAUCUGGGAGCCCGUCCCCGACCUCUGCACCCCCUCCGAACUCCUAAACUGCACCAACGCACUCCCUUACGUCGACAUCUGCUCCCCCAACCACUCCGAGCUCGCCGCCUUCUUGGGAGAUCCAGAUCUCAGUCUCGACCCCCUCACCGGCUCCAUCUCAACUCAAUCCGUCGAGCGAGCCUGCGAGCAGCUCCUCAGCAGCAUGCCCCUGCAGUCCUACGCGCUCGUCGUCCGGUGCGGCGUAAAAGGCGUCUACCUGGCCAAGAAUGGAGGCCGCUCCCGUCGCCCUUCGAUGAUUAAGAAAAAGAGGCCUGCGAACCGUCCGAGGGGUGGGUUGACGCUGGAUAUGAACAUGGAGGCUUUGUUUGCUGGGUUGCUAGGUGAUGAUGGAGAGUUGGAGAGGGAGGUGGUACCUAUUGAUCCUGGGGUUGAGAUGUGGCUUCCUGCUGUUUUUGGUGAGGAAGACGCGGAGAAGGUUGUCGAUCCUACAGGGGGAGGAAAUGGGUUUCUUGGUGGGUUGUCUGUUGCAUUGGCAAGAGGGAAGGGGUUAGAAGAAGCCGCGGCGUGGGGAAACGUGGCGGCUAGCUUUGCCAUAGAGCAGGUGGGGAUGCCUGGAUUAGGGGAAGAUGAGAUGGGAAGGGAGACAUGGAAUGGUGUUCAGGUUGAGGAGAGAUUAGACGACUACGUAAAGAAGGUAAAGGAACGUUUGGGAUAG